AUUCCAACACUUUAGGAAGUCUUUGACCGAGGAGCAUUCGGGCGAAUGCUCAAUGGAUGGAGAAUGGAGCCGGAAGCCCUGCCGUGUUGCAGUUUGAAGCACCCGUGGACCCCUACGACCAAGCAACGAUUGCCAAGGAGGAGGUGAAAGAAGAGGAGCCCGAGCCCUUUCAGAAGAUCGGUCCAAAAACAGGCAACUAUACCUGUGAAUUCUGUGGCAAGCAGUACAAGUACUCCACGCCAUCCCAGGAACACGUGGCCCUUCACGCACCAAUCCGUGAGUAUCCAGCUGUGACACAGCAACCGGGGAGACCCCGGGAUCCAGGAUCUUUCAAGGCAGAGGCCAAUCGCACCUCUAAAGCGAUCACGAGGGACAGAGCAGUACCGGCAUAUCUCCCUGAUAGCCGUCCUUUGGGGAUAUACUUUGAGAGAAGGAGUUGUUCAUAUUUCAGUGCAAAUAGUCAGGCCAGAUUGCCUAUCAUUGUUAAUACUAUAUUAAACCGUAAAUAAAAUUAUACCUGUAUUUUGCAGUUUA